AUGUCAGAGGAAUGUAAUCAACCUCCGAAGCCAAACCCAGAUAAAUGGCCAGUAAUUGUCAACAGUUCCCUGAAGGAUGGUGAAGUGGUGAAAAUGCUCUCUCAGCAUCACAAAGUGAGAGUUGCAGAGAAGACUAUUGAGAACACUUGCAUCUUUCCGGUGUCUGGUGUGGCUUUUAUGAUCCAGGUGGUACAUGUUUCCACUCCAACUUGGUCACCACCAGAACAUGCGGCUCUCAGAUCAGAUAUAAUAGAAAGACUAGAAAAGUUCCUUCGCAUCCACCGUAGAUGUUACCUCCUUCUAGUGGCAGAUCUUCAUGGUCCUCGGGAGUUUGCUGUCAUCAUGACAACACAACAGCAGUUCUUCAAUCAACAGUUGAACAUUCUUCCUGUUCACAGUUUGACUGAGAGUGUUCACAGCAUGCUCAAGAUUGCGAAGGUGACCUGCCAGCCUGGCAGUGGUAAACUCAAGGGCUGGAUUUCAUCUGUCCUCUCUCAGCACGUUAACGAGAAGAAUGCAAUUCUUCAUGCUCUCGCUCAAGAACCAACUUCGUGUGUGUAA